CACUCCUGGGCGUGUGUGUGUGUGCUAGAACCGACUGGUAGGUAGGCAGCCCCGAGACACUCAGUGGAACCGCGAUCGCUGUCAGCACAGGAGCACGGGACUAACAGAGAAGGGGCUCGCGGCGCAGGAGACAGGACACACUGUUGAUCUCCUUUCAUGCCGGGCUCCAGACAGCCGUGCGUCUCUUCCCAAUCUAAAGGCUGAUCUCCAGAGGCUGGUGGUGAUCUAGUGAAGCCGCACCUCCUCCCCUCCCCAGCCCAGCAGACCCACGAUGGGCAACGGGUUAUCGGAGCGUCCGGCGCUGCUGCCCUCCUGCCUGCCCUCCUUCCAGGCGCUGCACAUCGUCAUCCUGGGCCUGGACUGCGCGGGCAAGACCACGGUGCUCUACCGCCUGCGCUUCAACGAGUUCGUCAACACCGUGCCCACCAAGGGCUUCAACACGGAGAAGGUGCGCGUGCCACUGGGGGGCGGCGGGCGCUCGGCGGCGUGGUGCCACUUCUGGGACGUGGGCGGGCAGGAGAAGCUGCGCCCGCUCUGGCGCUCGUACACGCGCCGCGCCGACGGCCUGGUGUUCGUGGUGGACUCGGUGGACGCCGAGCGCAUGGAGGAGGCCAAGACGGAGCUGCACAAGAUCACGCGUCUCCACGACAACCUGGGCGUGCCCGUGCUGGUGGUCGCCAACAAGCAGGACCUGCGCGCCGCUCUGCCCCUCCACCAGGUGGAGCGCCUGCUGGCGCUGGGCGAGCUGGGCACACACACGCCCUGGCACCUCCAGCCCGCCUGCGCCAUCAUCGGAGACGGCCUGCUGGAGGGCAUGCAGCGGCUCCACGCCAUGAUCAUGAAGAGGAGGAAGACGAGGCGGCAGCAGAAGAAGAGGAAGAGAUGAGGAAGGCAGACGAGACCGAGAGGAGACCGUGUGUGCGUGUGUGUGUGCGCAUACAGGGGACAAUCUGACAAUC